AUGUCAGACGCUGAGGUUCCGCCAAUUCCCCAUGUGGCGGCCAAUAUGACUCCACUUGGAGUUGUAUUGCAACGCUACGCUGUACACAGCUAUAAACAGCUUAGCGAAUAUCUUAAAACACUGGAAAAUACAACCCAACCUGAUAGUGUCAAGAAACGCAACUUCCUCGACAUUCUGGUGAGUAUUCGAGAGAACUUUGUGAGAUUGUACGUGUUGAGCAAAUGGGCUCGGAAUUCGCAAAGCGUUGAAAAGUUGAUCGACCUUUUUGUGUGGCUUCGAGAACAGAACCAAAGCAUCACAAAUGCCCUGAUGCAAAUCGGAGGGAUCAAACAAUCGCUGGUUUCUGCAAAGCUCCCGAAUCCGGACCUCGAGACCGCGCUCGAGGUUCUCAUUAAGGGAAGACCACAACUUCCAACUCACAACUAUGGACCACAGAAAAAGAUUGAUCCCAAGCUGAUACUUCAUACGCUAAAGACGCUCGACGUCGAGCUUUCUGCCAAGAUGGCCCUUGAAGACAAUCUUCCCAAACCUUUUUACAGCUACGAAAUUAAGGAUGGCCGGGUCAAGUUCCGCAUUCCUAAUUUGUUUCAAUGCUGUGUUUCAAUAGCUAAUACCUAUGACCAAUCGGGGUUUUUCCUAGUUGAUUUCAAACUAGAGUUCCAAUCUAAGGACAAUAAGUUAAUCCCACAGGUAACAGCCCUUCCAUAUAUGACGUUCGCACACUUAGAGAAAGUGGCCAACAUCGAACUGAGCAAAAACGGUCUCACUGGAUUGUACAAUAUUUUCCAUAAUUAUGCCAUUACCUGCAAACUGUACUACCUUCAUCGUCAGCUAAUUCGCCUGCGCAUGGGCAUGUGGAAGGGACAUCUAACCCAUACAUACAAUGCGGAAAAAUGCUUUGUUGUUGUCACGUAUUGGGUGAAAAGACGGUCUGUGAAGUCUACAAUAGAGAUUGGAAAACUCAAGAAUAAUCUACUAGGAUUCCGUUGGAUCCGUGAAGGCCGUCUGUGCACAGACCAUGAUUUUACACUUGAGAAUGAAGAUGGAUCAAUCACUAUCGAGCACCUAAUUAGAGACAUCAUCCAAAAACACAUUGAACUGCACAUUAAAGAAGUGCAACAGGAAGUUUCUGAUAAAAUCGAAAUGGCUGACAAAUUUGUGUCGCUGCACAAAGAUUCCCAACUACUGCUGACUUUGAGCUCCAUGAAGUCAGCUGUGUAUGGAAUUGACGCUCUUUCUGGAGAUGGCUUCUUCCAAAAUCCUACCCCUAUAAUGGCAAGAGUCGCGGCUCAAAUUAAUGCAGACACGCGCGAGACCGCACUCAAGCUGCUUGUGCUACGUUUGGAAACGCAGCUAAGCGAGCUCGGGUCAAUGUUAAUGGCUACUGGCUGGAUUGGCGUGGAUGUUGUCAGGCUCUCCACCGCAGAAUAUACAAAACUCAAUAUCGACUAUGAUCAUUUGAAAGAUCGCACUUUUGCAGAACAGCUAUUUGCCCUCAAGUUUUAUCGCCGCAAGAAAUGGCCAAGCGGUUGGUUCCUCACUGUUGGGGUUUCGGGAUAUUCGUCCAAGGUUCAGUGGUGGUGUUCCAGAAUCAAGUCGUCUGCAGGUCAGUGGUCGAUUUCUUGGUGUGAAUCAAUAACCCUUGGGGGCGCGGAAAGCGAAUACAGCUAUCCAUCGUUUGUCACACUCGCAAAGAAAACCACGUCCAUGCUGCUCUGCAACCUGGUUGUCAAAGAACUGGAAAAUCAAGGAUGCAAGCUCAAGACCGUAGACAAAAGUGACGAGAAGGUUAGACAGUUUACGAAGCAAAACUUUGGGCUUGAUUUGGACUCCAUGCAAAAGGGAGACAGCGCUACAGUGAUUUUGGACAACAAGUCUUUAUUCAAUAUUCCGAACUGCCGCGACUCCCUGGUGCUCACUAUGAAUAUCAAAAACAGCGAGCUGGAAAUUAUGAUUUUUGGCAAGCUGCAAAGUGAGCUCAAAUUGUCGUCUAUUUCUUUCAACGAUGAGAAGAAUAAUUCAAUAGAGCUGAACCCAGACACUUCUAUAUUCAAGAUUCACUCACAAAUCAACUUGCUGGAGAAACUAAACUACGAAUCCACAGCUAGCUUUUUCAACCCUUUGGCAACAACGGACAUUUCCAUCAUGAGUGACUCGCUUCUAGUGCUCAACAAAUUCUUUAGUUUGUUAUCGCUCUUGCAUAUAAUCAGCCAUGACGAGUCGCUCAAAGUGAUUGACAUUUCCCUCACAAAAGUCUCUUUCCAAUAUGGAUCUAAUUCUGAAGAAAUGAUCACGCUAAUUCUAUUGAACGAAACGCAAGACUCGAUCUCCAUCGAGCUUCCAAAAGAUAAUCCGCAUAGACUCUGCUCUAAAUACUUGAACGACAUGGUUAGUGAGUUUGAUUUCCAAAAGAUCAAACUACUGGUCAGAUAUCUCAAACUGACCUUACCAUUUUACAAGCUCCUUGUGAAAUUGUCGAUGGACAGCGAAGAGUUCUACAGACACUUUUUGGAACAGAACAGCAACUCUCAGCAACUUAGGAUGACUCCCGAGAGCGGCUUCGAAUUGAACAUGUUUGAUUUCGAGAUGUUCAAAAUCACAUACUACAAAUAUCUAGAACGCAAGUCGGAGAAAAAAGUCAAGACUGACAGAGUUUGUUUUGCUCUGACGAUACAACUGCGCCACAGAACGGACAAGCUGUCCCUGGACAAGUCACUAUUUGUCAUCAGCAUUGAGCCUCUUCAGUUUGACCAAUAUGAUGACACUGCUAAGAAGUGGCUUCAGGACACAACCAACAAGAUAUAUGCCACGUUGAAAGGCGACGAGCCUUUGCCUGCCUCUGGUCAAGUGGUGUAUUUGCGUCGUGCCAUAGCCUGUGACUAUUUGUCUGUGGAAAAUAUUGUUCUUCAGUUGCACAGAAAGAUCAUCACGCUUUGUAGCUCGAAAUAG